CCAUUAAUUUAUAACACUUUUUGUAUUUUGUAAAUCAAAAUCUCCAAUCUCACAUUAUCGUCUCCGCGGUGUCCAUCAUUGUCUGGCAUCACCUUCGCAGCAUGCUCUGAAAUCGCCGUUUCCGGCCAGUAAAUAUAGUAUAAGAUCAUAUAAACCACUAUGUUUAGCAAUACCAACAACAGUGUAUCGAUCUCAGUAUCAGACGAGGAGUCCAACGAGAACCGGAUCCGCGCUCGUACCCGUAGAAAACGUAAGAAACCGGGUCACCGAACCACCUCCGAGCUUCCACGCUACUUUCUCAGGCUUUUUCUUAGGUACUGGAUCGUCCUCGUCUUCGAAUCAACGAGGAUCAUCACCAAAUCUGCGAAGCUCAAAAAGUCUCCAGAUUCGAUCCCAAACAAGAAAAAUGAAGGAAAUUUGAAUAGAUUGGAUCCUACUACAAAGGUUAUCAGUGGUGUUAGGCAACGUUGUUUGAAACUUCUGCCUCCUGAAGAGCUUGAGCAUCUUGAUAUCUUAGAGCGUAAAGAUUCAAGCUCCCCUGUUAAGAAACUUGUGUACCUAACCGGUACAGAUUCAAGCUCUCCUGUUCGUGUGAAUGGGACGACGCGUUUUAAUUUAUUUACUGGGAACCAGACUUUUGCUGAGAGAGAGAAUAGUUUUCAGGUGAGUGAGACAGUUUCGGUGCAUUGUGGGUUUUUCAAUGAGAAUGGAGGGUUUAGGAUUAAGGAUGAGGAUAAAAAGUUUAUGCAAAGUUGUCAAGUAGUAGUCUCCACCUGUGCCUUUGGUGGUGGAGAUAACCUUUACCAACCUGUUGGAAUGUCUAAGGCAUCAACUCAAAAGGUUUGCUACGUUGCAUUUUGGGAUGAUGUUACACUCGCAACGCAGGAGGCAGAGGGUCAUAAGAUUGGCGAGAAUGGUUACAUUGGAAAAUGGCGAAUUGUGGUCGUAAAGAAUCUGCCUUUUGUGGACCAAAGGCUUAAUGGAAAAAUACCAAAGAUGUUGUCUCAUCGCCUUUUCCCGGAGGCCAAGUACUCGAUUUGGGUAGACUCCAAGUCCCAGUUUAGAAGGGAUCCACUGGGAGUAUUAGAUGCUCUUCUUUGGAGGACAAACUCGGUGCUUGCGAUCUCAGAACAUGGAGCUCGAAGCAGCGUAUAUGACGAGGCAAAGGCUGUCGUCAAGAAACACAAAGCUACACCGGAAGAAGUUGAAGUGCAGAUAAAUCAGUACCGGCAUGACAAGUUACCUGAGGAUAAAAGAUUCAACGGGAAAAAAGCUUUGUGUGAAGCCUCUGUGAUUGUGAUGGAACACACUCCAUUGACGAAUCUCUUCAUGUGCCUCUGGUUCAAUGAAGUUGUACGCUACACGUCGCGUGAUCAGUUGAGUUUCCCAUACGUUUUUUGGCGAUUGAAAGGUCUCAAGAAGGUCAAUACGUUCCCUGUGUGCACACGCAAAGAUCUCGUCAAUAGCAUGGGCCAUGUACGCAAGGCCAAACCCUUAGUUUAGUAGUCUGUAAACUUGCCCCAACUUUCUAAUUCAUUUUAUCAUCAUUUUUUUUGUUUAGCUAGUCGAUAUAGAAACUGAAAUCUUUUUUCUUUUAAUUAUACUUUUAUGUAAUUCUCAAUGGGCUCUGUUUCAUAGCUCUCCGAAAUUUUCAAGUGUGCGUUGUAAAUUACGAUUGUGACUUUAGAAAUUAAUAAAAGCAGUUUAGUUGGGA